CACACGCCCCUCUGUGCAGAUCCAUGCCAGUGCAGUGGUGGUGACGUUUUAGUCAAGUGACUCCUAUGUCACGAUUUCGUGUGCUUUCUGAAUUUGGCUGAAGAAGAUGGCGGCCUCCUCAGGAGUUAAAGUACCACGCAAUUUUCGUUUGUUGGAAGAGCUGGAGGAGGGACAGAAGGGCGUGGGCGAUGGCACGGUCAGCUGGGGACUGGAGGACGACGAGGACAUGACGCUGACGCGGUGGACGGGCAUGAUCAUCGGCCCCGCACGAACUAAUUAUGAAAACAGGAUAUACAGCCUGAAAAUGGAGUGUGGACCCAAAUACCCUGAAGUAUCACCGAUUAUUAGAUUUGUAACAAAAAUUAGCAUGAAUGGAGUAAAUAAUUCCAAUGGAAUGGUGGAUUCUCGUAGCAUACCAAUUCUAGCUAAAUGGCAAAAUUCAUAUAGCAUUAAAGUUGUUCUUCAAGAGCUACGACGUCUAUUGAUGUCCAAAGAAAAUAUGAAGCUUCCUCAGCCACCAGAAGGACAAACGUACAGCAAUUAAUUGUAAAUGAUUGUUUUGACCCCUCUGUCUUAAACCUUACUCUCUUAGAAAUGUCUCGUUAAAGGAAAAAAAAAAAAAAAAAAUCAUUAUAAACUUCGCUCACUCCACACAUUAAAGAACCACAUCAGCGAGAGCGUUGGAGGAUUGGACAUUUCUGUUAGUUAGGCUGAUGUCAACCCUAGAGUAUGAAAAAGAAGAAAGAAAAAACAAAAAACAAACAUGAAUGUCAGGGCACUGAGUGACAUUCUGUUUUAAGAGACGUGCACAAAUGUAUCUCUUCUUUUGAUUCAGCGCUCCCGUGGCCAUUAGCUUUAAGUCGACGAGAUGUGUUUAAGUUGACGAGAUGUGUUUUUGACUUGACUGAGGGCGGGAGGCCUUUCUCUCCCUCAGCCACGGGUUCUUCUCCUUUUUUUAUUUUUUAUUUUGUUUGUUUUCCAUUAAGCAUUGUUAUAUGUUAAACCAACUAUUCACCCAAACUAAACAAAUGAUGUUGUGUGUAUGAUGGCAUGCUGAAACUAAUACAACACGUAGUUGCCAAUGACAAAGCUGCGUAACACAUUGUAAAGUAGUGAUUAUCUAGUGGGUACAUUGAGAUCUCUCGCAGAAGAGUUCUAAACAAACAAAAAAGGAAUCAUUUGAAGUGUGCCUGUAGUCUUUUAGUAGUGUCAAGGUGAAGGUUUUCUUUUUUUUCUUUAAAAACAAAAUCUGUAUUUGACAUGAAAGCAGUUUGUUCCUGUGCAGCAGUUUUUUUUUGUUGACAUGUAACAGACACCCUUUUCUGUUUCAAAACAACCCUUGCAUUAAACUUCUAGAGAAAAAUGACAGGUGUAUCAAAAUGUGACUUGAGAUUAAAAAUCACUCUGAGA